AUGUCAUGUCCGAAUAACAUAGCGUCCGGUAACUUCCUGAUGGAUUCCUUAAUGGGAGGAUCAUCUUCUUUCAGGGGUGAGGGUUAUUCCAGCAACCCCGGAAUGUACAUCCAUUCAGCUGCAGAGUACGGAUAUUCCGUCAUGAGAAAUAUUGGGAAGGUUGGACCAUCUCCACUCUCCAAAAGAGACGAGGUAACUCCGGGUGGUCGUUCGCUCAGCGGCUUUCAGGAUGCGCCCUACCUGUCAACACAGCUGGCCACAUGGACCCCGGGCUCCAAAACCAACAGGGACGUACAACCUGUUGCCCAGUGUUUACAACCGUGUUUGUUUCCAUCGGGCAGCGUCAAAGAGGAGUCGUUUUGUUGCCUCUAUCAGGAUGACAGCAAUAAGGGGAAGCAGACAACAGAGUUAGCCACUUACAUCCGGCUUGGAGACAAUAGCUCCCGGCCUGAGCAAACUCCCGCCUCGUCCAGUGGCGGUUUCCAGGUGUACAGGGGAGAGAGGCCGCCCCAGGACGAGCAGCAGUUCCCCUCCGGCUUCUCUCUGACCCACUUGGCGACAUCUGUUGAAACAGAGUCAACAAUAAUCUGCAGCAAAUCUGCACAGGAGACAGAGGUUUCAAAAACAGAUGAAAGUCAGAACAAUAAGGAAGAGAAGGCCAAGAAUGACAGCUGCUCUGAUAACUCGGACGGAGAAUUAAAAGAUGAUUUAUCUGCGGAAAAGACAAGGGGAAGCUGGUUAAAAGCCAAAAGUGGAAGGAAGAAGCGGUGUCCCUACACAAAGCACCAGACGCUGGAGCUGGAGAAGGAGUUCUUGUUCAACAUGUAUCUGUCUCGGGAGCGCCGCCUGGAGAUCAGUCGGAGUAUCAACCUGACCGACAGACAGGUCAAGAUCUGGUUCCAAAACAGACGCAUGAAGCUCAAGAAGCUCAACAGGGAGAGCCGAGAAAGGGAGCAUAGUGCGGUUUACGACUACUCCUGA